UCUGCGGCGGUGUUGCUCCGCUCCGUUUCCUCCUUUGAUAACAAGGCUGCAGACGUGGUCACUGUAGCGGCCACGCAUGCCUGAGCAGAGCUCCGAGCUUUGAGCGCUGUAUCUUUGGGUCAUCUGUCUCUUUGCCUGUCUGUCUCUUCCUGAAAGAGCGGCGCUCUUUGUCUAACUCACACGAUACUUUCAGCUCAAGCUACAGUCCACAAAAGUCCAUGAAGACGGGGCUGAUUGAGCUUCUCCCAGUUCGUGAGCCGUUCAGUGGCUCAUAGUUCUCAGACGGACCUCUUCGGUGGAGUUUACAGUGGGCUGUAUUGAAAUCUGCACAGCGUCACGGUGGCAGAAAGGGGGCAGGGUAUGUAUGGCUGAUGGAGAGGUGAAUGGACCAAUCACGUGACGAUGCUGGCUCGGAACCGCUUCAUCCUGCUGCUGGCGGUGGGGCUAGUGCUAGCUGUGCUAAGCUUCAGCCUACAGUACUUGCAACUGAUGCCCACCAGUCCGGUGGGUGAGGAGGUGCCCCGUGGUAAGAGCAGGAAGAGAGUCAACCCGGUGGUCCACACUGAAGCUCCUGAGCCGGACCCCAUCGCUGAUGCGUAUCGCUACUGUAACCUCCCCAACCAAACGGAGCACACAUGGGAGGGACACAGCCUGGCUGACUACAAACUGCUGUCUGUGCAUGUGAUGAUUCGCCAUGGCGACCGUUAUCCCCUCUACUCUAUCCCCCAGACCAAGCGGCCGGCCAUAGACUGCACUCUGUCAUCAAACAGGAAGCCCUCUCACCCUCUCUUGGCCUCCUUCAUCAGUCACAUGGCUCAAGGUGGGCGUGGCCACUGGGACGCCUCACUGGGCUCUCUGCCCCGAGUGCCCAAUCACAGCAGCUGUGAGAUGGGGGAGCUCACACAGACAGGUGUGGUCCAGCACUUGAAAAACGGUGUGAUUCUGCACCAGGCCUAUAUUAGACGCCACAGGUUGUUGCCUCCUGAUUGGUCGCCUCGGCAGGUAUUCAUGGAGUCCACAGGUAAAAGCCGGACACUGCAGAGUGGCCUGGCUCUGCUCUAUGGCUUCCUGCCGGACUUUCCCUGGUCCAAGCUGACGGUCAGGCAGCAGUGGAGCACGCUGUUCUGCGGCUCGUCCUGUGACUGUCCGGCCAGGAGCCGCUACCUGGACCUGGAGCAGAAGCGGCAGUACAGGCAGCGGACCUCAGAUGCAGAGCUGGAGCACAAUUAUGUUGCUAUGGCGACAGCCCUGGGCGUGGCCACUCGGGCGCUGCGUGCGGCCAAUCCGGUGGACUCGCUUCUGUGCCACCUGUGCCACGGUCUUCCUUUCCCUUGUGCUAACUCUAAUGCUCGCACCCAGGGGGCGUGUCUCACGCUUAAUCACUUUGCCGUGAUUCGCCGGCAGCAGCAUGAUGAUGAGCGGGAGCGGCAGGAGGUGGGACUUUACCGCCGCUAUGCUGUGCUAGCAGCCCACCCGUACCUGAACCGCACCGCGCUAAGGAUGGAGGCGGCGGUGAGGCGGAGACGCAAGGGCAUCGAGGAGCCUGUUUUCGCACUGGCCUCUGCCCAUGAUGUUACCAUGGCACCAUUGCUAAGUGCACUAGGGCUGGAAGGGGCGGGGUUUCCCAGGUUUGCGGCCAGGCUGGUAUUUGAGCUGUGGAAGAGCCCGGAAGCAAAGGAGGGAAAAGGAAAGAAAGGAGGAACUGUGGAGAACGCGUUCAUUCGAGUCCUCUACAAUGGACAGGACUUAACUUUUGACACUGACUUCUGCCGGGAUCAUGACCGUCACUCUGCCCAGCCGCUGUGCCCCCUGAGUAAUUUUCUGAAUUUUGUGAGAAGAGACAUGUUUAGUAUCGUCAACGCCACAAGCUACCAAGAGGCUUGCCACCUGACUGUACUGUAGAGAGAGAGAGAGAGAGAGACGGGGAGAGAGAGAGAGAGAGAGAGAUGGAGAGAGAGAGUGACCAAGAGAGAGACAGCUCAGCUUAUUCACAUGGCUGCCGUGUUGCUUAUGGUGAAAUAGUCUUCACAAAUCAAGUGCAGAUUAUUUAGACAUCUGUAAAUGAAUUCAAGCACGUGUGUAACUGAUUACAUAUUCACACCAAACAUGAAAAUGCAGCGUUUUUUAAUUUGCUGUCUGUUCGUUUUAGCAAAAAUCCCAUUCAGUGUCACAGGAAAUUAUAGUGACUUGUGAUGUAAAUUUGUACAUUUGUUGACUGCGAAAUUCUCUACCGAGCUGGACCGUGUUGUUGUCGAUCAGAUUUGUAAACAACAACCAAUUUGACGUCAUAAUAAUGUCAGCUUGAUUAUAUAACACACAAUCUGCCCUCACAGUGUGACCUUUGACACAUACAAAAUAAGUGUCAAUCGAAAUGAAUAGGACACUCUAAAUUUAUGCAUUUUGACAAAAUUUGAGUGCACUACACCCAUAAAAAGGUGGUUCUUCAAGGGUUCUUUAGUAAAGACAGUGGUUCUAUAUAGAACUCUACUCAAGAACCAUUUGCAUGAUUAAAUGGUUCUUUGCAUGGUGAAAGGAUUCUUCUAAAUGAUGGAGGAUGUGUUGCAUAUGGUUCUUUAUAAAACCUUUUUGAAAAGGGUUCUAUGAUGGACAACGUGUUGAAUAUGGUUCAAUGUAUAACCUUAUUGAAAUGAGUUCGGCUAUAGUUACAAGUUUGACGUCGUAGAAUUAGCAGAACCUUUUCAAAAAGGUUCUCUAUUCAACCACAUGCAGCACAUUCUCCAUCAAUCUGAAGGAGCAUUUCACCAUGCAAACAACUCUUUGAGCAUGCAGAUGGUUCUUAGCGUUCAUGGUUCUACAUAGAACCACUGUCUUUACUAAGGAACCCUUGAAGAACCAUCUUUUUUUAAGAGUGUACAGGUUCUUGUUGAGAUUAAUGAGAUUUUGGUGGCUGUGUUCUAUAAAACCCAUCCAAAUUAGCAACAGUAGCUGCAAAAGCAUACAUUUGUUGGUGAAGCUUGUCGGUGUGCCUGUUACUGCGUGAAUGGUCGCCAUGUGAAUGAGGUGAAAGGAAAAUGCUUCCGAGACUUCUUUAAAAUCAGUAUUUUUGAUAGCUGUAAGUAGUUCUAUUCCUUUUCUUUUUCAUUUGCAUUUUCUUUUGAAUGUUGGAUGCUGACCCUGGAGGCCAGUUGCACAAUAAUGUUUAAUAAAAUCAUUCCUGCUGUAUGCAUUUCAUAUAAUCAGUGGCCGAGCUAUUCGGACACAACACUGUGUACAAAUAUAACACGGCACAGUGUCCAAAACCUGUUCACCCUGUUUACACCUGGUCACAGUCUGUGACUUAUACCCAGAGAAGUGUAGAGGAGCCUAAAUCAAGUAGAAGUACCGGGCCUCAUUCGCCAGUGUCUUCUAGAGCUUUUCUUUAAACGUUUUUCUUGAUAAAGGCCCUAAGAAAAAGUCUACGUUAGAUUCAUGACGUGUUCUUAAACUGCAGAACUGCUCACACCUUUGUGCUCUUGAGUGUAUAGAUUCUGAUUACCUAAGAACAAAUCCCAGGUAAGAAAACACUGGUGAAUGUCAGAAUCUUCGUGAAAACUGUGUAAGUGGGUUUUAAGAAGAAAAAGUAUUCUUAUGAGUUGGUGAAUGAGGCUCAUUGAUACUUGGGUAAAAUCAUGAUGCAAGUAAAACUACUUUCAAUUGAAAUGGCUUGAGUAAAAGUAUAAAAGUAUCUGUUAAAAAAAAACAGUACUUAAGUACUAAGUAAAGUACAGAACUGCGGUAGAACUUUUUAGGCCAUCCAGCAUCUAUUAGCACAGGAACUGAAGUUUGUACGGCUCUAUUUUUCUCUUUUUGGGAUUAUAUUGGUGCAAAAUAACAUGCUAAAGCUCCAAAGUUGCAGAUGCGACCAAUCACAAAGCAGUACAGAUGCUGUCUCUGCUGAACUGAGGGAGCAGUGAUGCCUCUGUUUAGUCAGAGCAGUCCAGUUUGAGGCUCUUCCCAUAAGAAGAACAGCAGAGGGCGCCGUUGCAGUGUUGGGGUUUUGCUUGUCGGCUUUUACUCUGUUGACAUUUGGUGCUUUGGUUGCAUUUUGGUGCUUUUCCACCUGCAUUUUUAUGUGGAUGUUCGUUUUGUGGAUAUAAUCAGAAUUAAACUACCAAGCAUGAAUAUUCAAGACUUUCAUUUAACAUGAAUGAAAAGAAAUAAGAAGGCCAGAAACCAGAGUUGGUUGCUGGAGAUUGUGCUGUAGAUGGUUCUAUAUAGAAGCUUUAUGAAAGAUGUCCUAUAUAGCACCAAAAAUGGUUCAUCUAUUGAUAGAAGCUUGACAUUGUAACAGUAGCAAAAAGUCUUUUUUGGUUCUUUAUAGAACCCUUUUGAAAAAGGGUCUUGUAAAGGGUUCUUUGAGUGUUCAUGGUUCUACAUAGAACCCUUGAAGAACCAUCUAUUUUGUGAACUAUAAAAGCACUGUUUUUGUCAUGUAGUGUUACUGGUAAAAUAGCUGUUUAAGACUUUUGCGCAGUGUUGUAUGUCAGGGAAUUGUAAAUCGGCCUGUGUGUUUGGAUGGAGAACAAUAAAGAACAGUAAUGAGACUCAGUACACUCCUAGUGAGGCUUCUGCCAGUGUCUCUAAUACUCAGUAAAGCAAUUCACUAAGAAAACAGUCCACUUGGGGCAAGUAGAGUGGACCAAAGACCUGAUAAUAUCCUCUAAAAGUGUAAUUAUGAAGGACAGAGAGUGUUCAUAGUGACUGAGAAAGUGAAUUUUCUCGUUUCUGUAUUAGUCAAACGUUUUGACAUUGGCUUCUCAAACAGUAGAACAACGCUGAAAUGAUCAGGGUUGCACCGAUAUGAGAAUUGGGGGCAGAUGCCCAUAUUUGUAUGUAUGUUUCUGCUAAUAUCGAUACAUAAACAUUUAUAAAAUGUGGAAAUUGGAGGUAAAUCUGAUUGGUUUAGCAUUACCGAGACAUAAUAAUAAACCCGUCCCCUAAACAUUCUGUUCUUCCAGAGUACAGUAAGUAUACUGUCAAAUAUCAGUUUGAUUUAUUGGUCAAAUCUAAACCUAUGAUUUUUUUUUUUUUUUUUUUUUAAAAGCAGUUUUCUACUCAUAUUAUUCUGAUAUCAUCGUGCAUCCCAGAAUUGACGUUUAUUAUGAUUAGAGCUGCAUCUGGAUUGAGUUUGCAGAGGUUUUUGAUUUAAGGGAGAAGAAGGUGAGGUUAUCUAUACAUGUGGUUGGCAAGUAUAUAUUUAACACUGUGUUCUCCAGAAUAUAUUUGGACGACUAAAGAUAGAGCUUGAAAUCACAGUUUUAAAAGAAGGUUAACAAUGCAUAGAUUCAGCACAGCCUCCAUCUCUCUCUCUCUCUCUCUCUCUCUCUCUCUCUCGCUCUCGCUCUCGCUCUCUUUCUCUCUCUCUCUCGCUCGCUCUCUCUCUCUUUCUCUUUCUCUCUCUCUCUCUCUCUC